AUGGGGAAGACCAGCUACACCUGCAUUCUUAACUUGAUCAUCUUUCUCUUCAUUAGCAAUGAAUCAGCCUCAUCAGCUCGCAUCCUAGGCGAUCAAUCACAAUACCCACACCCGCGUGUCACCCCUCACCCAAUCAUCUUCUUUAUGGACGAUGUGCUUCGUGACACCCGUCCAUCGUCCAUCCCGGCGACCACAAACCAGCAGAGUCCAUUUCCUGCAGAGCCUGUUGAUCUGUUCCCUCCAACUGAAGGAAUGUCCCCACCUGAACUGCCACCGACGGUGACGGGGCCCUCCACUCAAACCCUUGACAUUUCUAGCGUGCGGCUACCGUUCCCGGCCAUGGCAACGCUUCAAGGAUUGGAGUUUGGGACCGUAAUAACCAUCAACAAGGAAUUGAGAGGAGAUGAAGCUAAAGGGUCGCGGCUAAUCGGAAAGGCGCAAGGGAUGUAUGUGGGAAGUUGGGAGGAUGGAAGCAACCACAUGGUGGCAAUGACGGUCAGAUUUGCUAAUGGAGGAUUCAAGGAUAGCUUGAACUUGUUUGGGGUGGAUCGGAGUGAUGUCGCAGCUGAUGAGUCCCACAUUGCUGUUAUUGGAGGAACUGGCAAGUACAGUGGUGCAAAUGGGUAUGCAACUGUCAAGGACGUGACCCCAGACUCUGCCUCUGAUCAGUAUGCCGCCCACGAACCUCCUCCUGCUGGCAAAAACCUUCUUAAAUUCACCGUAUACCUCAUCAGUUAUUAG